AUGACUCUGAAGACCCAUAUGUGGGUGAGCCUCUGGUUCGUGCUGACCACGCCGAUUAUUCUUCUGGACGUCAGCUACUGUUUCUUACGGCAAGGCCGCACCGAGGGCGGCGAUCUCGCCUGGUUCUUCCUCCCUUACCAAUCGUACCAACACAUUGACCGCCUCUAUGGCAAACCGUGGUUCGACCGCGGAGACGGAUUCCCCAACGCCCAGUCUCUUCUGAACAUAUUUGAAACGACUUUGAACCUCCUCUAUGUUUAUGCUGCACAUAUUGCUGCAUGGCCUCCCGCGCCUCUCCUCGGUGUGGCGAGCGCAACGAUGACGCUGUCGAAAACGCUGCUCUAUUGGGCCCAGGAGUAUUUUUGCGACUGGUGCGCUGUGGGACACAACAGUGUUUCUGACAUCAUUAUGUACUGGGUUUCAACCAAUGUAUGGUGGGUCAUUGUGCCGGCUCUGAUCAUCUGGAAUUUGGGCAAAGACAUUGCAGCGGAUCUCCAUUUCGCGGCCAAGCUCGUCGCCAACCAAGCAAAGAUGAAGUAG